AUGGAACAAGAUGUUGUAAAUUUGAAAAACCAUACUACUCGAUAUAAAGUACUGAAAGAUGAAGAGAUAAAACAAAAAGCCCUGAAGACAUAUAUGGAUAGCGAUGAGUAUAAAAAAGAAGUUGAAGCAAAUGUAAAGGCAGAAAAACUUUUACAGUUGCAAAACCAAACCGUACAGUAUGAAAACUUAGCACAAGAAAGUAAAAAUAACGACGCAGCCAUGCAAAAGGCAAUGAAAAGCUCAGAAUAUAUAAAAGCUAACAAUGACUGGUUAGAUGCCCAAGCCAACGCUAAAGCAGCCCAGCUUAUAGGGUCAAUAAGGACAAAAAUACAAGCGGAUGAAGACAGUUCAAAUGAAGCUUUAACGAAUGCUGACUUUAAGAACGCCUUCGAAGCUCUUCAUAGUAAGGUGAAACAAGUGAACGACUUCUCAUCUGGAAAGAAACUGAAGUCUGAAGGUUUCGACAAAGAGUUAA